AUGUCUGGAAACAUUACUUCCUUCCGUUUUACAAUCUGCGCCGACAUCGUAUGCGGGCUUAAAGUUGCUACUAUCUGUUCAAUAUCUACCCUAACCACAGCAGGCAACCUGAUAGCUCUGAUCACGAUAGGAUCCACACCCUCGCUCCGUAACUGCCAUGGACUGCUACUCAUGUCCCUAUCCCUAGCUGACUUGGCUACUGGUCUGGUAGCAUGUACGUCUAUAUACCCCUCGGUAUAUAACCUGUGGCCCUUUGGUGAUACCAUGUGUCUGGUCGCGGCAGGUAUUGAGGCAGUCGCUAAGAAGGCUUCUCUACUGACACUGACCUUACUGAGCAUUGAGCGCUACAUUGCCGUGACACGCCCUCUCGGAUACAGCCGACUCGGAAUCGUCACCAAGCGGAAAGCACUGGCUGGUCUGACUUUGUGUUGGGUCAUGCCGACCCUGUUUUACACAACUCUGUUCUUAACUGGCCAGAUAGUGAAUAAGUACGUCUUCGUACUUCAUUCCUGUACCAUCACCGCUACCAAGCAUAGUCAGCUCUUGUCGGCUGUUCUGAUCUUUGGCUUGUUCAUUUUGCCGAGUUUAGCCAGUUUCUCCAUUACCUCAGCCUUAGCCUGGGUGGGCAUGAAGAAAGCAACUCGUGUCAGAGCCGAUAUGAUGAUAUCCGGGCUUACCAUGCAAGCCCGACAAACGCGCAAAGCCGUCAAGUUUUUCCGCACGUGCCGCAUUAUGGCGUUCACUCUCUACGCAUGUUGGGCUCCUGUUACCAUCGUGGGCGUAGCCUGCGUCCUGGCUGAUGUUCGCCAACCCUUGGGUGUUUUCUUCGCUCUGUACUGGCUCCAAUUCUCCAACAGCUUUUGGAACGUCGUCAUCUACUUCGCCAUGAAUGAUGCAUUCAGACAUCGCGCCAGAGAGCUUUUCAUAUCCCCGUUCGUCACCGUUUGGGCAGGUUUGGUAGAUUAA